GCCAUCGCCUCCAUCAGCACCUCGCUGUCCCACAGCCAGGCCUUCUCCCCAUACGGUUUUUUCUCCCCGGAGAAGAGGAAAGCCAUCUCGGAUGUGAGGAGAACCUUCUGCCUCUUCGUCACCUUCGACCUGCUCUUCAUCUCCUUGCUCUGGAUCAUCGAACUCAACACCAAGGAUGGCAUUGAGAAGAACUUGGAGAGCGAAAUCUUCGAGUACAAUUUUAAGACCUCUUUCUUCGAUAUAUUUGUCUUGGCUUUCUUCCGAUUUUUUGUGCUGCUGCUGGCCUACGCGGUCGUAAGGCUGCGCCACUGGUGGGUCAUAGCGGUCACGACGUUGGUCUCCAGUGCCUUCCUGAUUGUGAAGGUCAUCCUCUCCGAGCUUCUGACCAAAGGGGCGUUCGGCUAUUUGCUUCCUAUCGUCUCGUUCGUCAUUGCUUGGCUAGAGACCUGGUUCCUGGAUUUUAAGGUCCUAACUCAGGAGGCGGAAGAGGAACGAUGGUACCUGGCAGCCCAGGCUGCGGCCGCACGCGGGCCCCUGCUCUACCCCGGAGCCCUUUCGGACGGGCAGUUCUACUCCCCACCGGAGUCCUUCGCAGGGUCGGACAACGAGUCGGACGAGGAAGGUCUGGGGAGGAAGGCGUUGACAGCACAGGAGAAAGAAUACGUCCGGCAAGGCAAAGAGGCGAUGGAGGUUGUGGACCAAAUCCUGGCGCAGGAGGAGAACUGGAAGUUCGAGAAAAACAAUGACUUCGGUGACGUUGUUUACACUUUUGAAAUACCUUUCCACGGCAAGACCUUUAUUUUAAAGGCUUUCCUGCAGUGCUCUGCUGAAACGGUUUACCAGGAGGUUAUUCUCCAGCCCGAGAAGAUGAUCCUGUGGAACAGAACAGUGGCAGCUUGCCAGAUCUUGCAGCGGGUUGAAGACAACACGAUCGUUUCGUACGACGUAGCAGCUGGGGCCGCAGGCGGUGUCGUUUCCCCCAGGGAUUUCGUGAACGUGCGUCGGAUUGAGAGAAGAAGAGACAGGUACAUUUCCUCAGGGAUGUCGACCACGCACAGCCUGAAGCCCCCGCUCUCCAAAUAUGUCAGGGGUGAGAACGGGCCGGGCGGAUUCAUCGUGCUGAAGUGCCCCAGCAACCCCAGGGUCUGCACUUUCAUCUGGAUUCUGAACACGGACCUGAAGGGUCGCCUGCCCCGGUACCUCAUCCACCAGAGCCUGGCGGCCACCAUGUUCGAGUUUGCCUUCCACCUCCGCCAGCGGGUCAGCGAGCUGUCCGGCAAGCCCUGAGCACCACAACACAGCCUGGGGGGGGGAAUUCGGGCAGGGGGGGCUGCCCCACACUGACCUUGUCAAGGGCUCGGCUCCUUCCCUGCCCAGCAGAGCCCUGAAACCCCCCCCAGGCAUGUGCCAAACCCCUGCCCCCUCUCUCUGUGUGGCCAGGCUCGGCACUGCUCCGAGUCCAGCCUUGCCCACCCCCUCCCCACACAAGGGGUCUGGGGGCUCGUUGGGACCCCCCCAGGUUCCCCUCCUGGUACCCUGGGGUAAGGGGAAGGGAGGGGAAAGCUGCUGGGGGGGGUGAGGACAUGUCUGUCCCCAUCACUGUCCCAACACAGCCACCUCCCAGGCUGUGCCCUUUGCACACGGGGACAAAACACAGCCCCCCCCGGGGCCUUCACCCCUCGGGGGGGGGGGGGGGACACUAUUGGGGACUUUUUGGCCCCCCCGGGGCUGUCCCUUAGUGCUGCCUCGCUUCUCUGGGGUCCCGCCUGAGCUCGUGUUUCCCCCCCCCUCAUCCUGUAGCUCUGCAGGGAACGAAUGGUUCUGAGAUUUUUCAUCCUUCCUGGGGAGGGGGGGGGGGAUGGGGGGGGGGGAUGCGGGGGCGAGCUCGGCUCCCUUCUACCUGUGCUGGGCUAUAAAGGGAAGCUGCAACGAGCCGCCCGCACGCGGGGGCACGCGCCGGCAGCGCUGCGGCACGGGGGCGAGCGCCCACGGCAGCCCCCACGUGGGCAGAACCACGGGGGCUCUGCCCCCCUUCCUGCCCCCCCCCCCCACACACACAGCCCUCGCUCGGCACCGUCCUGGGGUCCCUGGGGUCUCGUGGCCCCUUCCCCAGUGCCUGGGGGGGGGGCUGGCAGCUGUGGAAAUAAAGAGCCUUGCACUAUUUGCA